GAUACAGCCCGGGAUUGAACCAGGGUCUGUAGUGACACCUCUAGCACUGCGUUACGCGGGAACAUAAUUAGGUAGGAGGGUUUAGGUGUUUUGUGUUUAAUUUCUUUUAUACUGAUGUAGCCAGAGCUACUACUGUAUGUAGUGUAGUAAACCAUGAUUACCACGCACAGUAGGUGGCGGCAUGGACCCUAAACGUUUGUUCGCGGACCGCCAUUCUACCAUAGAAGGAGAAAAGGACGAGGAAGAACCCGAACCCCCCCGUAUUGUUAUUGACUCUUUCUUGCAUGACACGGACCUAUCUAACGUGAAAUAGCUACCAAGCAACCGCAGCUAGCUAACGUAAAGGAAACGAGUGGACGAGGAGCGGGACACACCAUACAUCCUACAGAGAUGGGUGCUGUUGUUUCCCGGUGGAAGGCUAAACCAACGACGGUGGAACUUCUAGAAGGCAUUGACAAGGAUAUUAAGGACCUUGAGGAAUUUAGAGCGAAGAAUCAGAGAUUGGAGAAGUUGUGGGUGGGAAGACUGCUUCUGUAUUCAUCUGUGCUUUAUCUUAUUACUUGCAUAAGUGUUUACUUCUGCUAUCUCCCCGAACAAUGGACAGGACGCAUCGUGAUGACUUUGCCCUUAUUUCUAUUUCCUAUAUUAGUGUGGUUUAUGAGGAAGCUGCUGUUAUUCCUUUUCUCAAAGCGAACGGAAAGAAACAAUGACAAACUAGAAGAUUUAAAAGUUGAAAAAAGAAAAAUUUUGGAAGAGGUGAUGGAGACCGAAACAUACAAAAAUGCCAAGUUAAUUCUUGAGAGGUUUGAUCCUGAAGCAAAUAAGAAAGUGGAAAUGGAAUUCACGCCAAUCAGGCCAGGUCAGAUGACUCCUAGACCGGGCCAAGAACUCCGUCAACGCAACAUAGCCUUGAGGCCCCCUGUCGGGGGUGCUGGAACCACCCCUACGGGUCCCCUUCCUCGCUCAGCCCCAGGUGGGCCCCCAGGAGGACCCCCGGAUAGAGGCCUGUCUGCCGCAGUCGCCCAGCAAACCAUGAUGAGGAGACCCCCUAUGACACCCUGCACCCCUAUCACAGGAAUGGGUAUGCACCCCCCAGGCCCACCCCUGGCUAGACCCGUCUUACCUCGAGACCGAGGUGCUGUGGACAGAGUCAUCGAAUACCUUGUGGGAGAUGGCCCUCAGAACAGAUAUGCCCUUAUAUGCCAGCAGUGCUUCUCCCAUAAUGGUAUGGCAUUAAAAGAGGAAUUUGAAUAUAUUGCUUUCAGGUGUGCUUACUGUUACGUCCUGAACCAUGCAAGGAAGACCCGACCUCAAGCUCCAAGACUCCCAGAAUUUAGCUUUGAGCGGAGAAUGCGCUCGGAAUCACCCACCCCAGAAAAAUCUGCAGCAUCAGAGGCCACUGAUGAGAGCACACACCCCUCUGGAGCUGAUCAAAGUGAAGACAGUGGUCCCAGUCAUGUGGCUACCAGGGCGCCCACUGUAUCUUUAGCAACUGCUUCAUGGAGUUCAGUGCACAGUUUCACCAUUGUCCACCAUCACCACAAAGAAGAGAAUGAGCUGGAGGCCCCUUCUGAUGAAGUGGAGCCUGAAGUUGAAAAGGCCCAGUCUACAGAGGAGACCUCAGACGCCAACGUAGAAAACCCAGAGGCUGCAGAGACGGUACACACAGAAGAGGAGCCUGAGAGACCAGGAGAAAAGCAAGAAGUCCCCCAAUUGGAAACAGAGUAGAAAACAUUGAAUUCCUACCCUCCCCUCUGUAUAUCAGCUGACAUGGUGCAGUGUUUGUUUAAAAAUCAUGUGGUACCCAGCUCCUGGAUUUACAUAAGAUGCUUGUAAUGCACAAUAUUCUUUGGAAGUGAAGUAAUAAUCUAGAAUUUACCACUUUUUUUUCUCUCACUUAAACCAUAACUUGGCAGGUGUGAAAGAGCAUUUCUUACAUUGACUUUGAUUACAUACUUGCCAAAUCCACCUUUUCUUUUGAAAAGAUACAUUUGCCAAAUGCACUGGUCCGGUCUGUCUUUCAUGAUUUGCUCUGAUUGUGUUAUUCAUUAGGCUACACAAUAAAUAGUUAAGACAUGUUUUACAUUUAUUUACAGCAGUUCUGGAAAUAUUGAAACUUAUUCAAUCGUAAGCCUAGUCUGGCAAAACUUUUGUUUACAGAGUGAAAGUAGAAUGAAUAUUAUUUAUAUUAUUUAUUCUGGCCAAGAAGCAGUUCCACAUCUUCUUUCAAGCCUGUGUUAUGUUCAGCCAUGAAGUAAAUAAAAAUAUAUAUAUUUUGUGUUGGAGCUUAAUUUGUAUGUCAGGUUUUUGGCACACCAAAUCUUUGCAAAUGCCUGUUUUUAUUAAUAUGUAGAUGGCAUGCCAAAUAAUGGUUGUUUUUUUAAUAAAAUAAAAGACAUGUUCUCAAUCAA